UUAAAACGACUCCGAAUAAGCACUUAUUGAUUCAUGCCUCAUAUAUAGGACACACGUUUUUAUGACAUAUAUGGUAUCAAGUCCCUACCUUCCAUGUCCUGCCACAGACACAACAAAUAUGGCAAUGAGGCACACUAACACAACACGUAUCUUCAUUUGAAUUGAUCAGAUCGGGGUCCUACAAAGCUGUUCUGUACGACUCAACUCUUCAAAGCAGGAUAUCCAAUAUGGCGAACAGGAAGUAAAGAAGUAGGUCAAGGCCAUCUGAACCUCGUUCUCAAAGUCAGAAUGUCGGCGGAUUAUGAAUCGGUCAGUUGCGUAAAAAAUGAGGUUUUUGUCUACAAGAUACCCCCAAGACCGUCAAACAGAGGAUAUAAAGCUGCAGAUUGGAGUCUAGAUAAGCCAGAUUGGAAGGGAAGGUUGCGUGUAGUUGCCAAAGGAAAAGCAUUAGCCAUAAAGUUAGAAGACAAAGUAUCAGGUGAACUAUUUGCAAAAUGCCCAGUCGAAACAUAUCCAGGUCCAGCAGUUGAGGCAGUCACAGACUCGAGCCGUUACUUUGUCAUCAGGAUCCUAAAUGACAAUGGCCAAUCAGCUUCCAUAGGGAUUGGUUUCCAGGAUCGGGGAGAUUCAUUUGAUCUAAAUGUGGCACUUCAGGAGCAUUUUAAAUGGUUAAAGACAACAGAUGAUAUAGAAAAACAGUCAAAACAGUCUGAUUCUGCACCUAAGCUGGACUUAGGUUUCAAGGAAGGACAAACUAUCAAGAUUAAUAUAGCGGGUAGAAGUACAAAGCCAAGGGAGAAAAAGCAAAAUACUGGUGGAGGUCUUGGCUUGUUACCACCUCCCCCAGGUAGCAGUGGUGGGGCCGGUUUCUUGCCCCCACCCCCAGGUGGUGCCAGACUCUCCUCAGGUCAAAGUUCACAGCCAGCAGCAGUGCAAGUUCAACAAGUAUCCCAGUCCCAGCCCCCAGCAAGCAAUACUGACCUCUUAAUGGGUAUUUCUGCGCCACCCCCAGCACAACAAAACACUCAGCAAGUCACUGGCGAUCCAUUUGCAUCUUUAGGCAGUUCUAGUGGUUCAGUAGGAGGAGGAGGAUGGGAGCAGUUCUGAUAUCUUCAUAUGUCCGUCAUAACCUUUUAGUUCAGACCAUUCGAGGAUAACAUAGCGUGUCAACAUGUGAUAUACUGAGAGACCAAGUGCAUUCCAUUAAUUCUUGACAACUACUCUGAUUUUGUAUUACUCUAUCAUGAAAGCAUCUUAUGGACAAACUAUUCAGUGAAGUCUAUGUCACCAGUCACCACCAAAAAGGAAUGACAUUUUUAUGACUUGUGUUUGUCAGUUGGCCUCUGUAACUAUUGUUACACUUCUGUAACUGCAACUAGGUCCUUACAUUCUGUCAUGUUAAUGUCUUGUUCCUACAAUACCAUAAGUCUUGUCCCAAGACCCAGUUUGAUUUAUAAUAU